AUGCAAGACUUCUUCAAGGGAAAGACUAUUUUAGUCACCGGCGCAACUGGUUUUUUGGCAAAAGUUUUUAUUGAAAAGAUACUAAGGAUUCAACCUGAGAUUAAAAAACUGUAUUUACUCCUAAGAGCUUCAAACUUGGAUUUGGCUGAACGUCGCUUGCAAAAUGAGGUUUUUGAAAUUGAUUUAUUUCGAGUACUACGAGGCGAGUUGGGUGGAGAUUUUAAUUCUUUCAUAUCAAACAAGGUUGUAGCAGUUGCAGGAGAUGUUGCCAUUCAAAAUUUUGGAAUAAAAGAUGAAAAGCUUAAAAAUGAAAUCUUUGAUGAGAUAGACGUGCUUGUUCAUUCCGCUGCAUCUACCAAAUUUGAUGAAAGAUUUGAUAUAUCAAUGGGUGUUAAUACAAAAGGAGCUUUACAUGCAUUGAACAUUGCAAAGAAUUGUCGAAAACUAAAAGCUUUUGUCCACAUGUCCACUGCAUAUGUGUGUGGAGAUGCUAAGUAUGAAGAUGGAAUAGUAAGAGAGAAAGCAUUUGAGAUGGGUCAAUCUCUAAGAGGGACCUCAAAGUUAGACAUACACACAGAAAUGAAUUUGUUGGACAACAAAAUAGCUGAACUCCAAGCAAUAAAUACUGAUGAAAAUACAAUGAAAUUUGCAUUGAAAGAUUAUGGAAUGGAAAGAGCAAAUUUGUAUGGUUGGCCAAACACAUACGUAUUCACAAAAGCAAUGGGAGAGAUGCUUUUGAUGCAUCAUAAAGAUAAUGUUCCAUUGAUCAUUAUACGCCCUACAAUGGUAACCAGUACUAUCAAGGACCCCUUUCCCGGUUGGAUUGAAGGUUUAAGAACUAUUGACAGUGUGAUUUAUAGUUAUGGUCAAGGGAAACUGAAAGCUUUCGUUGGUAAUCCCAAGACAAUUAUAGAUGCAAUUCCUGCAGACAUGGUAAUCAAUUGUGUGAUUACAACUAUUCUUACUCAUUCGAAUCAGUCUCCUAAAAAUUUCAUCUACCAUGUUUCUUCAUCGUUAAGAAAUCCUCUCAAAUAUUGUGAUAUUCGCAAUAUUUGCUAUCAUUAUUUCAUGAAAAGCCCUUGCAUAAAUCAAAAUGGAAAGCCAAUAGUCAUUUCAAAUGCAACUCUGGUGAAUAGUUUUGCUGCUUUCAACAUUUAUAUUAAAUUCACACAUGUCUUACCACUGAAGGUCUUAAGUCUGGUGAACAAAAUAUGUCACAAUAGCUUCCAAGAUGUUUAUAAUAAGAAAAGUAGAAAAAUUAGAAUGAUGCAUCGAUUGGCAAUACUAUACAAACCAUAUGUCUAUUUUAAAUAUGUCUUUGAUGAUACCAACACUGAAAUUUUGAGGACGGUAUCAAAGGAUGAUCCUAAGAUGAAUAAUGUAGAAUUAAACUUUGACCCUACUAGCUUUGACUGGAUUGAAUAUAUGAUGAAUGCACACAUUCCUGGCCUCGUUAAAUAUCAAAUGAAAAACUCUUCAGGAUAG